UCCUUGCGUCUUAGUUUCUCCCUCAAAACAUUAUAAGUCCAAUACUUCUUGCCGUGAUCAGUCAUUUUUCAAAAAAAAAAUAAUUUAAGCAAAUAAUUCUUAUAAAAUUCAAUUAAACUUAGUCUGUUAUCACUUGGCCUACUGUGCAGCAUAUUUUUGUAUCUCUGUUUACACUUUGUUGUUGCUGCCGUUCCGUUAAUUACUGUCAGCAAAACGUUCAUUGACCACUUGACGUGCACACACACAUGCAUACAUAUGCAUAUAUACAUAUGUACGUAGAGCUAGACAGUACAUCGCUGCUUUGGUCUCAUCGUUACUUGACGUCACAUAUGCAAGCAUUCGCAAACUACUCACAGGCGUGGCGAAAAUAGUGAUACAUGUGCCAAAACAGCGGCAAAAUAUGAAAGGCAGGCAAAAGCGAAAUCUUUAUAUUAUUGGCGAGUUUGGACAGCGGCCAAACGGCACGGAAAUGACCAACAACAUAAGCAAUACAGACGACGGCGUGUGAAAUCAUGCGCUUUCCCGGCUAAAAGAACACAAAGAAUUUUAGCAAAAACUAUGAACGCGGACAAAAUACAUACAUGUUUCGUGAUGUAAUGGGUCACAAGGAUGGAAAGCAGAGAAUUUAAAGGUAUAGAAGGUUUGCCUUGGUUUGAUUUCACUUUGGGUACUCGUAUUUCAUCAGCACGACCUUGACACAGUAGAUAACAUAAACAAUUUAUUCGCCUAUGCGGAUUGCUUCUGCGUGCCCAGGCUCAGUUUUCAUCUAAGAUUGGAAGCGUGUGCUGUUACGCAACACUCUCCAGCAAAAACAAGUUUUUAUCCGAGCAUUAACCCACUGCACCAGCUAAAAGGUGUUACAAAAUAGGCGAUUUAUCGAUUUUCCAUGAUGUCACACUCACCCCUAACUCAAAUUAAAUAAAAUGCAUAGUUGCUCCCAUUGCUGCUCACAUGACCAGCGGCCAAAAAGCAAACAAAACAAUAAUAAAGCAAACAGCAAAAGUUUAACAAGCCAAAAUUGAUAAAACUGCUCAGACAGAUGCAUGUGAUAAAGCAGCAAGAAAGAAACCAAAAGCUACACCAGAAGCUCGCUGAAAACGUGAGAGCUCACGUUCUCUGUAUUUAGAUACGAAUCUCAAUUGCAUUUAAUUAAAAUCUCGCAUUUGGGAGCGGCAGCGGCGACGUCAUGUUGAAAGCGCGCUUGGAACACGACCCAGUCUACGGCCGUUGCCUGGCCACAUCAGAGGCAGUGGAGAGUGGCGACGUUGUUGUGGAGGAGCUGCCCUUUGCCUAUGGCCCCAAGCGAGAGAGUGGAAUUGUGUGCCUGGGCUGCUAUCGUUUCCUGCAGUUCGGCGAGGACGGCGACUCGCUGGACCGCUGCGAGCUGUGCGACUGGCCAAUAUGCGGCAGCUGCAUGGAUGAUGCUGAUGAUCAUCGGGGCGAGUGCGAGAUCUUUGCCGCGGCACGUGUCACAUUUGCCGGCAACGUCGGCGAGGAUGGCGUCUGUCCACAAUUGGAUUGCAUAACACCAUUGAGAGUGUUGCUGGCAAAGGAAGCACAGCCGGAGCGUUGGCUCAACGAGGUGGCGCCCAUGGAGCACCAUGAGCAGGCCCGCCGCGAGAAUGCAGAUGUCUGGCAUGCGGAUCGGGUAAACAUAGCCCAAUAUUUGCGCGGUCCCUGCAAGCUGGCUGAACGUUUCAGCGAGGAGCUCAUCAUGCAAGUGGUGGGCGUGCUGGAAGUCAAUGCUUUCGAGGCACGCACCAGCCAAGGCUAUCCGUUGCGCUGCCUGUAUCCAUACACGGGAAUUCUGGCCCACAAUUGUGUGCCCAACACGGCGCGAACCAUUCAUCCCAGCGAGGGCUACAAGAUUCGCUUGCGCGCUAUGGUUGCUCUGGAAGCAGGCCAACAGCUGCAGCACAGCUAUACCUACACCUUGGACGGCACCGCCCAAAGGCAGGCGCAUCUGCGUGAGGGCAAAUACUUCACAUGCAGCUGUGAGCGCUGCCUGGAUGCCAGCGAACUGCAGACACACUUCUCCAGCAUGAAGUGUGGCCAGUGCACGGAGGGCUGGCUGCUGCCCAAGCACCCGACGGGUAAUUGGCCAUCUAUGAACAGCAGCUGGAACUGCCGCGCCUGCGACCACAGCACAAGCAGCGAGGAGGUACGGCAAAUUGUGGCCGCGCUACAGGCCGAGGUAAAUGCUGUACAGGCUCUCGAUAUGGGUCCAAAGCGCCUGGAGGAAUCGGAACGUUUGCUGCGCAAAUACAAAUCGCUGCUGCAUCCAUCGCAUUACAUAGCCACCAGCUUGCGGCAGCUGCUCAUCGAGAUGUACGGCCGUGUGCAGGGCUAUGAGAUGGUCCAGCUGACAGAUCAGCUGCUGGAGCGUAAGGCGUCGCUGUGCCGCGAGGUGUUACGUGUGCUGAACAUUUUUGAGCCGGGCCUGAGUCGCGCACGUGCUAUGAAUCUCUAUGAGCUGCAUGUGCCGCUGGUGCUGCUGGCUAAGAGCGGCUUCAUAGCCAGCAAACUGAGUGGUGGCGAGCUGCGUGCCCGUCUGGUGGAUGCCAUUGAUCUGCUCAAGGAGUGCGUAGAGAUACUGCAGCAUGAGGAUCAACGGUCACAGGAGGGCAUCCUGUGCGGUGUGGCCAAGCAGGCGCUCCAACAGCUCACAAUAAGCGUUGAGGGCCUGGGCAGCGAACUGGACUAAGUGGAAACGAAAUCAAUUUGUACUUAUUCAUAUGUAUAUCAUUAAAUUUAUUUCAAACUAUACACAUAGUUGAGGAUACGCAUAUGUAUUGGCUUUGUGGCUGCUUGAGACCAUCGAGAGAGUUGCCUGUUCAAUAGAAACAAUUCGCUUAAUUCUCAAAUUGGAUUCCGUGUUUUUUACAUAAUUGCAUAUUAAGGCGUUCUUUAGAUUAGUUUCAGUUGGUUAUGCUGAAAUGACACUUGCCAGUAUUAAGCCAAUCCCAAAUUCAGUGGAAAAUAUAAACGUAUAAAUGUUGUUGGACGACUGCUUCUUGUGUUACUAAUAUUAUGUAAAUAAGCACUUUUUGUACAGGCUAAUGUCAUUCCAGCAUAAAUCGAACUGUUAUUAAAAUAUGUUGAACUUGACCGAUAUAAAAUUAAGCGCAUAAACAAAAAUUACAAUAGUUAAAACAACAUAUUUAGCUUUGUUUACAAUCAAACUAAUUACGCCUUAUAUAUAAUACGAGCUAUUACCGCAUACACAAUUGCCUGGCAUUAAUGUUUAUGUUUUUGGUAUAUGAAUUUGUUUGCUCUUAAAUGCUUGAAUGUUAGUUUGUUAUCUGUUUGUUUGUUUGUUUUUUUUUUUACACACAUUUAUAUAUUUAUAUGUAGCUAAUUAUCUGAUCUACGUAUGUUUAUGAAAAAACUAGUUUCUUUUAAAAAAAUAUUGAGUUUCUGUUGAGUAUGUUUUG